GGCGGUUUCCGGACUGGAAUGUAACCCGAAAAAAAGUACACGCAUCAUCACCACAUCCGUGCUGUUGUGUACCAUGGAGUGUACACACACACGCACAUAAACACGCUGAGCUGAGCUGUCAUUUUCUGCCCUUUAAAAAGCAAAUUAUCAACUGCAGAGUUCACAUGUGAAGUGUAAAUGAUAGAUCCGGUUUCAUCUAUUUUGAUUGAGAGUUCCGAAAAAAAAAAUCUUGAAGACGUUGCUUUCGUAGUUCCGGGAUCGAGGGGGCAAUUUGGAACAACUUGACGGGUGUGAAAAUGGUGAAAUUGACGGUAGCACCUCCUCCGGAGCUCUACGCUAAGGACACCGGGAAGAAACUACCACCAAUACCAUGUAGCGUUGUCGAAAUUCCCCUGGAGAAAGAAGUCGUGGUUCGUCGACCGUUCUGGACAAAGGGCACUAUUUGUUCGCUCCUUGUUUUCUUGACUAUUCUGGCCGUUGGUGCUUUACUGGGAUUCCACUUGAGCCAUGCUCACCGUACGCCACGAUGCCAUGACUGGGGUCCCAAUUGUGAAAUGAAGGGACCACCGGUGCCGCCUGCAGAGCACUAUGAUGGGCCCAGUAUGGAGCCACAAAGCGGCGAUGAUAACUCGCAGGAAAGGCACGGGUCGCACGGUCGCCACCAUGGCCCCCAUCACGGUGGAGACGGUGACCACCAACCAGACACCCGCCACCCUGAUGGCGAUCGUCAUGGAGGCCACUCUUCCUCCUCUUCAUCAGAAGAAGAACGUGGGUCCGUCCACGAACGACACCACGAGCAUGCUGACGACCAUCCUGAAGAACGACCUGUUCCACCUCCUGAUGCUCCAGUACAGGAUGACUACUAGAGUCUGCUGGAGGAUCACAGCCCCACAGUAGCAGUCUUCCGCCGUACAACUCAACGGGUGCUCCUCCAUAAGCCUUUUUGAGGUAUGGCGGACACAAUACUACAA